AUGAGUGCGCCAGCCGCAGCAGCAAACGGCGCGGCAGAUGCGAAGGACCCGUCUGGCUUUCUCAGCGAGAUCAUCGGCGCUCCGGUGACUGUGAAGCUCAAUUCUGGCGUGGUUUACAAAGGCGAGCUCCAGUCCGUCGAUGGCUACAUGAACAUUGCGCUGGAGCAGACCAAGGAGUACGUGGAUGGCAAGAUGAGGAGGAAUUAUGGGGAUGCGUUCGUGAGAGGGAACAACGUCAUGUACAUCUCUGCGGACUCAUGA